GCAGUCGUUGUCGUCGUCUACUUCGCGGUGCAUGUAAAACAGUGAGCGAGAAAACGUGUACAGAAGCAAACUAAAGAGUGAAAGAAGAAAACAGGAAGAGGCGCAUCUGUAAAUCCGAUCGUGUGUAUAAUCAUUACACAUCACAUCCGUUGCACGUCGAACUUGUGUCACCCAAAUGGCUAGUGAGCAGACAAUGGAGGGAGCAGCCGCUGAGGCCGUGGCUGCCGGAGACGAACCCUUUCUGGGACUCCUCGAUGUGGCACUGCUUGCGGUCCUGAUUGGAGGAGCAGCCUUUUACUUUCUGAGAAGCCGCAAGAAGGAGGAGGAGCCCACUCGCAGCUAUUCCAUACAACCCACGACAGUAUGCACCACCAGUGCUGCCGAUAAUUCGUUCAUCAAGAAGCUCAAGGCCUCGGGACGCAGUCUCGUCGUCUUCUACGGCUCUCAGACCGGCACUGGCGAGGAGUUUGCCGGCCGUCUGGCCAAGGAGGGCAUUCGCUAUCGUCUCAAGGGCAUGGUUGCCGAUCCCGAGGAGUGUGAUAUGGAGGAGCUGCUGCAGCUGAAGGACAUCUCCAACUCCCUGGCUGUGUUCUGCCUGGCCACCUACGGCGAGGGCGAUCCCACGGACAAUGCCAUGGAGUUUUACGAGUGGAUAACAAAUGGCGAUGUCGAUCUAUCUGGUCUUAAUUAUGCGGUCUUUGGACUGGGAAACAAAACGUACGAGCACUACAACAAGGUGGCCAUCUAUGUGGACAAGCGGCUGGAGGAACUCGGCGCCAACCGGGUCUUCGAACUGGGACUGGGCGAUGAUGAUGCCAACAUUGAGGAUGACUUCAUCACAUGGAAGGAUCGCUUCUGGCCAGCCGUUUGCGAUAACUUUGGCAUUGAGGGCGGCGGCGAGGAGGUGCUGAUACGCCAGUACCGUCUGCUGGAACAGCCCGAUGUCCAGCCCGAUAGGAUCUACACGGGAGAGAUUGCCCGCCUGCACUCGAUGCAGAACCAGCGGCCACCCUUCGAUGCCAAGAAUCCCUUCCUGGCGCCCAUCAAGGUCAAUCGGGAGCUGCACAAGGGCGGCGGACGGUCGUGCAUGCACAUCGAGCUGAGCAUCGACGGCUCCAAGAUGCGCUACGAUGCCGGUGAUCAUGUGGCCAUGUAUCCCAUAAACGACAAGAGCCUCGUGGAGAAGCUGGGACAGCUUUGCAAUGCCGAUCUGGAUACGGUGUUCUCUCUGAUCAACACAGACACGGACAGCAGCAAGAAGCAUCCAUUCCCCUGCCCCACCACCUAUCGCACGGCCCUGACCCACUACCUGGAGAUCACUGCCAUUCCACGCACACACAUUCUCAAGGAAUUGGCGGAAUACUGCACAGAUGAGAAGGAAAAGGAGCUGCUGCGCAGCAUGGCCUCCAUUAGUCCGGAGGGCAAGGAAAAGUACCAGAGCUGGAUCCAGGAUGCCUGUCGCAAUGUGGUCCACAUUCUGGAGGAUAUCAAGUCCUGCCGGCCGCCAAUCGAUCAUGUCUGCGAGCUGCUGCCGCGCCUUCAGCCACGCUACUACUCCAUCUCAUCGUCGGCCAAGCUGCAUCCGACCGACGUCCAUGUCACGGCUGUUCUGGUCGAGUACAAAACGCCCACGGGCCGUACGAACAAGGGUGUGGCCACCACCUACCUGAAGAACAAGGUGCCGAACGGCAGCGAGGAGGUGAAGGUGCCCGUCUUCAUCCGGAAAUCGCAGUUUAGACUGCCCACGAAGCCAGAGACUCCUAUUAUCAUGGUGGGACCGGGCACGGGAUUGGCUCCCUUCCGCGGCUUCAUCCAGGAGCGACAGUUCCUGCGCGAUGAGGGCAAGACUGUGGGCGAGUCGGUGCUCUAUUUCGGCUGCCGCAAGCGCAGCGAGGACUACAUCUACGAGUCCGAGCUGGAGGAAUGGGUCAAGAAGGGCACGCUCAAUCUCAAGGCGGCCUUCUCCCGAGACUCCGAUAAGAAGGUCUAUGUGCAGCAUCUGCUGGAGCAGGAUGCGGAUCUGAUAUGGAAUGCGAUUGGCGAGAACAAGGGACACUUUUACAUAUGCGGUGACGCCAAGAACAUGGCCGUGGACGUUAGGAACAUUUUAGUGAAAAUUUUGUCCACCAAGGGUAACAUGAGCGAGGCCGACGCCGUGCAGUAUAUCAAGAAGAUGGAGGCCCAGAAGCGCUACUCCGCCGAUGUCUGGAGCUAAUCGGAGAGAUUGAGAGAGAGAGAGUCUUUCCUUUCCACAAAGCAAACAUAGAGUCGAAACACGCAUAGAAAAUCAAAUGGAAACCAUCAUAGGCCACACGAUAAGCUUAAAGUUGUCUAGUUCGUUAAGCGUAAAUAGGCGUAAUAAUUUUUGGUUUGGGAACUCCUUCUGCGGUUCAACAAACAGUGAAUGAGUAAUGAUUACGUAUAUGUAAAUCUAGUUUAAAUGAUUAUAAUCCGAUGUGGAAAUUGUGUAAUGAUGAUGCAUGAGCACGAGCGUAAUCAAGUUAUUGUUGUAAGUAGUUUUUGUAUGUGUGUGCAAUUAUUAAUUUAAAACACAUUUUUACAAGCAUUUUAUAUUGUAUUCUCUUGGUGAUUUCAAUACAAAUACGAGACAUGUUGUGCAAUUUUAUCAAUGA